CGCUUUACCCUCAGAGCGGUGCGCGUGCGGGGCAGCAGCAGUUGUUGCAGUGAACCGUCGCCGCAAUGUACCGUUAUUUAGGGGAGCUUCUCUCGCCCGCGCGCGCCGCCGCCGCCGCCGCCGCCUCCUCCGCUGCCGAACCUUGCGCACUGCUCUCGGGGAACGCCGCCGCCGCAGCCGGGGGAAGCGGCCAUGUCCUGGGCGCUUCCAGCCCCCGCCGCCGCUACAGCCAGGCGUCGCAGUCUAAGGACGCCGAGGCCGACGACCCCAACUUCUUCAAGAUGGUGGAGGGCUUCUUCGACCGCGGCGCCGGCAUCGUGGAGGACAAGCUGGUGGAAGGUCUGCGGACCCGGGAGAGCCCCGAGGAGAAGCGCCACCGCGUCCGGGGCAUCCUCCGCAUCAUCAAGCCCUGCAACCACGUCCUCAGCGUCUCCUUCCCCAUCAAGAGGGACGACGGGGAGUGGGAGGUCGUCGAGGGCUACCGGGCUCAGCACAGCCAGCACCGCACACCCUGCAAGGGAGGCAUUCGUUACAGUACAGAAGUGAGUGUUGAUGAAGUGAAAGCUCUGGCUUCUCUAAUGACAUACAAAUGUGCAGUGGUUGAUGUGCCGUUUGGUGGUGCAAAGGCUGGUGUUAAGAUCAAUCCUAGAAAUUAUACAGAUAAUGAAUUGGAAAAAAUUACAAGACGGUUUACUAUAGAACUAGCAAAGAAAGGCUUUAUUGGGCCUGGUGUUGAUGUGCCUGCUCCUGAUAUGAGCACAGGUGAAAGGGAGAUGUCAUGGAUUGCAGACACCUAUGCCAAUACCAUUGGACACUAUGAUAUUAAUGCCCAUGCCUGUGUCACAGGAAAGCCAAUCAGCCAGGGUGGUAUACACGGUCGUAUCUCUGCUACAGGCCGUGGGGUCUUCCAUGGAAUUGAGAACUUCAUUAAUGAAGCAUCAUAUAUGAGCCUCUUGGGAAUGACUCCAGGAUUUGGGGAUAAGACAUUUGCAAUCCAGGGAUUUGGCAAUGUAGGUCUUCAUUCUAUGAGAUACCUUCAUCGCUAUGGUGCAAAAUGUGUUGCCAUUGGCGAAAAGGAUGGUGCUAUCUGGAAUCCUGAUGGACUUGACCCCAAAGAGCUGGAAGACUACAAAUUACAACAUGGGUCAAUUCUCACCUACCCAAAGGCACAACCUCUGGACUGCCACAUCCUGGAAGCAGACUGUGACAUCCUUAUCCCAGCUGCCAGUGAAAAGCAGUUAACAAAGGCCAAUGCCCAUAAGGUCAAAGCAAAGAUAAUUGCAGAAGGUGCUAAUGGACCCACAACUCCAGAAGCAGAUAAAAUCUUCUUAGAACGGAAUAUCAUGGUUAUUCCGGAUCUUUAUUUAAAUGCUGGUGGUGUGACUGUGUCUUAUUUUGAGUGGUUGAAGAACCUGAACCAUGUCAGCUAUGGUCGCUUGACCUUUAAGUAUGAAAGGGACUCUAACUAUCACUUGCUAAUGUCGGUCCAGGAAAGUUUGGAAAGAAAAUUUGGGAAGCAUGGUGGAAGUAUUCCAGUUGUGCCUACUGCAGAAUUCCAGGAUAGGAUAUCUGGUGCAUCUGAAAAAGACAUUGUACAUUCUGGCUUGGCCUACACCAUGGAGCGUUCUGCUAGGCAAAUCAUGCGUACUGCCAUGAAGUACAAUCUAGGUCUAGAUCUGAGAACAGCUGCCUACGUCAAUGCAAUUGAGAAGGUUUUCAAGGUGUACAAUGAAGCUGGACUGACCUUCACAUAAAUGGAUAGCCUGCCUUCGUCUGACACCCUCUCGUGUACCCUCUUCAGAAAGCUUCUUACAAGUUUACAUAUAGCCACAGAAAUCCCUCUCACUUUUUCUCACUUAACUAUAGUGUAUAUAAUUUUCAGUUAACUACAGUUAAAGUUAGUCCUUUUUUGUAAUAAAGAAAAAAAAUCCAUGGAUUUAGGGCUUCAUGCCAACAGAUAUCUAAGAUAACCAGUUCAUCUGCACUGGGGGGGGGGGGUCUUAGUUUUUUCACCUUGAAAUUUAGAAAGGUACCUUUUUAUUGUAUGAACCUGUGGUCUUGGCCACAAUUAGCAACCUAGAAAAGCUUCAUAUCACACAUACUGUGUACUGUUGGAGCAAAUAGCUUAACUCUUCAUGCACUUUGGUUUCAGAAAAUGUAACUCUCAGCUUUGGCACUUUUGAUUAAGGCCUUGGAUGUUCAAUGCAGUGGCAUUAUCAAAGACAGAAUGGGCCUCCUGCAGGGAAUAACUUUAAUAGGAUUCUCAUUUUUACACUUAACAGAACCAUUAGCCUGGUUCACGUUAGGCAAUGUGUGUUUCUUUUUAUAAUCUGUGCUCCUGUUACGAGGCUGCCUUUAAAUCAUGUACUCAAUCUCAAUUUUACUACAGUGUUCCCAUAGAAAGAUGGGUUCCAGGAGUUAGUAUUUUUAUAAGCUGAAGCAGUAUCAUUGUUGUACAGACAUCCAAUGGAAAUGACAUAUUUUGCUUAUUAUCAUCCCUGAAUAUUCAUUUUACUUGCAUGGUUGUUGUUUUUUCCAGAGAAUGACCCCAUACUUGAGCAUAAUGUUAGGUAGUCCAAAGAACUUUUAUUAUUCUUCUCUAACUUGUCUCAUUUGCGUUUUAAUUUCUGUGGUGCUUUUAGCAUUAGCUAUUGCCUUGAAGAACAAUUCAAGGAGAAAUAAUUGGCAACAAGAAGGCAGGCUUCUGCUAGAAACAAUAUAGGGUCUUAAACACAUUGACUUUCUGCACUCUUCUGAGCAUAAACCAUAUAAUAAAGAAAGCCUUGAAGCAGGAUUGGAUCACAUUUAGAGGGUUUUUUGACACGAAUUUUGUCCAGAAGAGUCCUAUAAAGUGCCAGAUAUAUUUAUGUAAUGAAUAUGAAUGUUUUUUAAAACAAACCCAAGCCCUCCUUAAAAAUCAUGCUUUUUUUCUAGCUACUUUGUAACUCAUGACAUAAUAUGACAAAAGCAAUUAUUAAAAGUUGACUUUCCAAAAGUA